CCACCCAGCCGUUGCUGUUUUUCUAUCACUACGACCUCGCAUUCCCGUCUCCUUGGAUUCGGCAACCUCGUUUGCGUAUUGGCUCGCAGGUCUCCUUUAAACGUAUAACAAACGACGAGCAAUGAACAUCUGCCUGUUCGAAUUUUGAGAUUCACUUGAGAUAGUUGCCUGCCCUCUUCGUGUCAUUCAGCAGAGAUGUGCCCGAGGAAAAUAUUAUACCCGUACGAGGACCGCAUCCAGUCCAACCAGCUUGGUCCUUGAUGUAUCCAAGCCAUUAUCAUUCGCUAUAGAUCGUUACUUCAUACCUCUCCGUUCUUUUUGUUUGGCUCUUUUUGUUAUCGUUAUGUCUUCUCGGCUUCGCGGUUUGGACGCGUUCGACCCCGAUGUUUCCGGGGAACAACUAUACGGGACACCGUCUAGUCUUGCGCAGCAGGCUCUAACACGUGUAUACGAACAGGACCAAAGGCUACGGAAAAAUGGAUCGAGGGUGUCCGACCAGCCCCCAGAUCUGUCAUCGAAAGGGAAACCUAGAUUGCUCCUGAUGGGGCAGAGAAGGAGUGGUAAAUCGUCGAUAUCGAGUGUAGUUUUUCACAAAUUACCACCGAGCGAGACUCUAUUUUUGGAGUCAACUGCGCGUAUCCAAAAAGACACCAUGCCGUCUUUUAUGGAUUUUCAAGUGUGGGAUUUCCCAGGUCAGAUCGACAUCUUUGAUAAUCCAACCUUCGAUAUCGAUGCCAUGUUUGGCGAGAUAGGUGCCUUGAUUUGGGUCAUAGAUGCUCAGGAUGAUUAUCUAGAGGCAGUAGCCCGCUUGAAUAUGACUAUACUAAACCUUCAACGGACGUAUCCGAACAUCAAAAUCGAGGUGUUCAUCCACAAGGUAGAUGGAUUAUCAGACGACUACAAGUUAGAUAUCCAAAGAGAUAUCACUAUUCGGAUCCAAGACGAACUCUGCGACCACGGUUUUGAAAACGCGCCGGUCACUUUUCACUUGACUAGCAUAUACAACCAUAGCAUCUUCGAGGCGUUCAGCAAAGUGAUUCAGAAGCUUAUUCCUCGACUUGGUAUACUCGAAGCGAUGCUUACUAACCUCUGUCGCACUUGCCGUUUCGAAAAAGCCUAUCUGUUUGAUGUCUUGUCCAAGAUAUAUAUUGCGACCGACAGUGAACCUGCAGACAUGGCAAGCUACGAAAUCUGCUCUGAUUAUAUCGACGUCAUAAUAGACGUUACAGAAGUAUACGGAAGCUGGCCCCGUACUCAGAAGUACCGCGAAGCUCUGGAAGGCCCGCCUUGGAACCAGAAGAUAGAGGAUCAGGUAGCCUCGGGAUGUGCCGAGAGCUGCAUGGUAUUGAGCGACGGGAACAAACCGAUAAUACUACGCGAGGUCGACAAGUACCUCGCUCUAGUUGCGAUCAUGAAGGACGACAGCUAUGACAAGAUGCCACUUGUCAACAUGAAUGUUGAGGUUGUCGUACAGGGUGUGAAGGAGUUCUUCGAGAUUACGAAGCCAAAAUGAAGGAAAGCUCAA